GUUGAUGCACUCUUCAUUUGCUCUUGCAGCUGCAGGAAGUUGAGCAGCUCUGCCCACAAGUGUGCCACAAAAAUUCACCCAGAACAAGAUAAGAACCAGAGUACGGAGACCCAUUACUGGCUCUUUUUGAUCCAGAGAGCGUGAAACAUCUCUCAGAAGAGCAACUGAGUCAAGCUGAAGUUACGGGUCUACUUCACUUCCCUGGAUUACAAACAGAUUUAUUCCAGCUAUUAUAACGAUGGUAGGAAAAUACAGUCCGCCAUUACAAGCAAAAGGAAAUAAAACAUUUUGAACAAGAUGCUAUCAAUUUCAGCAACCAGCCUUCAAAUCCUACUGUAAUGAAUACACUGUGUGACAUUAAGCGUGAUUUAAAAGCAUGAGUUUGCAUACUGUAACCGAAGGUGCAGAUGCACCUGGAACAGCAGAACAAAGUCAUAGUCAGUUAUCUGCGAUGCCUUUUGGCUCUUCAGCUGCUAGAUUCAAAAUCCGCUCUGCUAAAACACUUACUACCAAGGACCUCAGGAAGAAAAGCUUUUUUUUUGAGGGAGGAAAAGUUGAAGACUCAAGCCAGAAAAGUGAUCCCAGUAAGGACCUCAACAAAGCUUGUACUUCUUCAGCUAGUGAUACCCACACUAACACUGAUGACAAAGACACAGGUAACACUUUAAGUAAGGAUUCAAGCAAAGACUCAACUUUUCCUAUCAGUUCUGAAAAGGCUGAUGUGAGCUCUAUGAAGUUUAACACUCAAGAAGACAAGAGUCAGGCAGAAAAGGACAGGAGCAGAGGAGAUGAGUUGAGGAGAUCUUAUCAGUCAAACAAAAGCAAAAGCUUAGACUGGAAAGCAGGACAUGGGAAUAGAACUGGGAUGACUAGUGGGACCAGAGACUUUGAAAAUUGUAUGAGGCGAUCCAAUUUCGAGAGAACGGGGACAAACAACAAGAUAACUUCAUUCACGCAAGAGAAUCAACCCAGUAGUGUUUCACAGAGGAUUCAGACUUACUAUGCAACCAAUAAAGGCAAUCAGAACAGUGACAGAAAGGAUUUCUCUGGAUCUCCGUCUGUGAGAAUGAACAGUGGUCAGUCACUCCCAUCCAGAUUGAAGCCAAGACUUAGCCACGGAUCCAUUGGAGAAGGAAUCAGUCUCUGGGCACAGCAACAAGGUGAAUCAAGUCUUGGUCAGACAGUAAACAGAAUGAGAUCUUCCAAUGCAAAGGAAAUAACUGGAAAUCAAACAAUAAUGGAAAGAGAUUCAAUCAGAUUAAAACGCAGCAAUACUGUAAGUUCUGAUGAAUCAUAUCCCAAAUCUAUGGACACAGUGGACUGUACUCCAAGACACAUAAAAUACAUUCCUGACUAUGUGUUUGGAGCUUCUUUAGAUUGUACUGACAUCCAUCAGGAGAAACCUUCUUACAAUGGAGAAAAAGCUGGAACAUUCCCAAGAGGGUUUUCAAAAGCAUACUCUGUACCGAAGCAAGAACCCUCUACCAACAGGGAGAACAGAAAUUAUCAAAGGGACAGUUCCUCUGGACUAAGUUUUUCAGUGUCAUCAAAGCCUAAAUUGAGUACAGAAAUGUCCUCUGCCAAAAAAACUCAGUCACUUCUGCCUGAUGAUAAAGAAGGGACAAGCAGAAUGUGGUUUACAGGGUCCUCAAAGUAUUGUUGUCAGUCCUUAGAAAGGACCAGGAGUAGACUGUCAGCAACUGCUCAAUGCAAUGCUCGCAGGAACCAGCCUGACAGUUCAAGCAUCUCCCGCCAGGGUGUCAAAAACCUGUUUACCACAUCCGGAGGAAUCAAAGAGGAAAUUGGGGAAGACAAACACCCAUUAGCCUCAAAAGGAGGAGCACACAAUGAAAUCCCUAAAGAAGAAGAGAAAGAUAAUGUAUUUAUGUUUAAAACUGAAGGAAGGAGAGGAGAUGGUGUUCUAGAAAAGUCACGUUUACCAUCCUCAGAUUCUGUGAAGAAUACAAUCAGCAUGUUUGAAUCUUUGGCUCAACGGAGCAGAAGCACACCAGAGAUUUUUCGCUCCAGGAGGACCUUAUCUGUACCAGAGCCCUCCAGGCCUGCAGCUCGAUUGAAGAAGAGUGAUUCCGAAAUAAAUCUAAAUUUUGGAAGGGUUGGGGGGAACAAAGAAAGUCUAAGAACAAAUUUCAGCUCAAAUUCCACACUGAAAGAAAGGCCAACAUUAGAACAACCUCAAGAUACAUGCAAAAAGAGUCUUAAACUUGCUCCAGCAUUAAAACAAAUUAAUGAACCAAGAACUGACCAACUUACCAACGUGAGGGAUGAAGAUGAAAGGAGGACUGUGGAUAAAAAACACAUGGAUGAACCAGAUUCUACCACCACUGCCCCCUCAGGGCUCAGAAACAUAGCAACGGAAGAAAAAGCGAGAAUCCAACCAAUCUCUCAACAGUCAAAUCCCAAAAGUUUACUAAAGCAAAAGUCAAUUUAUGUACAAUUAGUUGAUGAUGAUGAAAACACACCAACGGACUCAGCUGAUAGAGCCUCUCUCACAGUUAACAUCCAACAGCAAAGUAGCCCUGGAGCCAUAACAGUCAAUGGUAACAAUCCCAAAGCUCUGCCCAAUCCUCCUCAAAGUUCUACUCCUACCCAGACAAUAUAUUCCUCACUCAAUAACUCUAAUAAUAACAACUAUGAAACAACAAGGAAGGAUUUGACCUCUACUAGAAUGGAUAGGAGGCGCUCUGAUGAAGAAGACGAUUAUGAGGAAACAGACACUGAUGAAGACUCUGACUCAGGAGAGUCAUCUGUGACCAUCACAAGCAACAUGAGCCAAUCAGAACGCAAAAGUUUCUCUCUAAGUCUCGUGGAACUAUGUAAUUAUGGUGGAGUGGACUAUAAACCAUCAGAUGAAUGUUUGUCAGAGGGUGAUGAUGUUUCGACACACACACGCUCUGCGUCCAUGAGCUCAGACAUCUCAGCCUUCUCUUCUGUGACUCUGCUGAGCACUGAAGAGCUGGAUAGCUUAAUAGAUGAUGUCAGGGGCUUGGGAGAUGACACCCUGAAGAAAUAUGAAGAUGUGCAAGUGGUUGUGUUACACAAGGAAGUAGGGAGUGGCUUAGGAUUUACCUUGGCAGGUGGAGUGGAUCAGAAUAAACCAGUCACAGUCCACAGAGUAAUACCAGGUGGUGUAGCAGCACAGGAAGGCACUAUCUUUGAGGGUGCACAGGUGCUGUCAAUCAAUGGCACUGCCCUGCAGAAUUCCGCCCACUGGGACGCUCUGCAUACAUUGAGAAAAGCAAGAGGACAGGGCAUGGCGGUAGUUGUGCUCCAGAGUAGUAACAACAGAAAGGAAGACACUGAAAAAUCAGGAAUCACUGGCAGCAAAGUGCAUGUGAUUCUGAACAAGUCCAGUUCUGAUCUUGGAUUUAGUCUGGAAGGAGGGGUGGGAUCUAGCUCUGGAGACAAACCCCUCACUGUAAAAAAAAUAUUCCGUGGUGGACCAGUCAAUGAAGUGUUUCCUGGGGAUGAGUUGUUGGAGGUGCAAGGUCAGAGUUUGGUGGGUUUGAUGCGUCUUGAGGCUUGGAGCCUAAUAAAGAAACUGCCCUCUGGUCCAGUGGAGGUCUUACUGCACCGUCCUCAGUAACCAAGUUGAAGACCUCUACUUUUCCUCUUGCAUCUCACUUCUCAAAGCAAUUCAGACAUAAUUUAUACACUGUUUUUUUUUUUUCUAUAAGGUUUUUUGCUGUUACAGGCUCUGUGAAAUUGUAUUUUUGCAAAUGUUCAGUUCUGCAAUUAGAAAUCAUAAUUUGCCAUAGUGUUUCAAAGUGUGUUAACUAUUAAUACUGCCAAAAUUUAAAGCAUAAAAGCACUGGGGGUCAGGAGGUCAUUUUUUCUAUCUCUUGUUUUAAAUAAUGUUUAAGCUUUUAUAUUGAUGUAAUAUUGCACUCUCAGUCUUUAUCAGUAGCCAUUAAUUUUUUUUAAGCUGCUAUGUAUAUGUGUAUAUGUUGUCUGUACAGCACAAAUCCGUCCCAAUUGAACUUUUUCAUAUUAAAGACAAAGGAAGCAACUA